AUGAACAGGUGGCAGCGUUACCUGGAAGAAUCGGAGCUCUACCCAAAUUCCAUCAUAGGGUUUCGGAACAAGCUCGGGAAGCAAGACGCCAAGAUCUUACUGAAGAACGAGAUCAUCGACGAUAUGACGGCCGCCAAGGACAACAGAGCCAUACUUGGGCUGGACCUGCAGAGCGCCUUCGAUAAAGUGAGGCACUCGGCUAUCCUGGCCCAAGUAUGCAGGCUAAACAUGGGCAGAAAGACAUACGAGUACAUCAAAGACUUCCUGACGGAACGGACCACCGAAAUCUGCGCGGGAGACCUGCAGCUCGCAGAGAAGAAGCUGGGCAGCUUCGGAACCCCGCAGGGCUCGGUGAUCUCCCCGUUACUCUUCAACCUCGUGAUGAUCGGGGUGGGCAACCGGCUAGAAAGAGUAACGAGAGUCCGGCACACCAUCUACGCCGACGACGUUACGCUAUGGGUACCGGGAGGAAGUGACGGACACAUCGAGACAACGCUGCAAGAAGCGGUCAACGCCAUCGAGGAGCAGCUAGACGGGUCUGGAUUCGUCUGCUCUCCGGCCAAGUCCGAGCUGCUGGUGAUGCCACCGAAAGGAGCGGGCAGGAAAACACAGAACAUGGAAUUCAAGUACGAGCAUCCCAAGAUCACGAUCAAGACGGCGGUAGGACAAGUAAUACCGGAGGUCGAGAAGAUUCGAGUGCUCGGGCUGCUCAUCGAGCGAAAUCGAGUCAACGGUGAAACGGUGAACAAGCUCGCGGGCAAAGCGGCCGCGGCAAUGAAACUCAUCAAGAGGGUGUCCAACAGAAGAGCGGGGAUGAAGGAGGAGAGCCUGACUAGGCUCGUUCAAUCCUUUGCAGUUAGCCACAUAACGUACGUCGCCGCCUUCCACAACUGGAGGCCGAGUGAACGUAACAAGAUAGACGCCACCAUACGGAAGGCGUAUAAGGCGGCACUCGGUUUCCUCGGGAGCACGAGCACCGAAAAAUUCAUGGCGCUGGGAGUCCACAGCACGCUGGACAAAAUAGCCGAGGCACAUAGAACGGCGCAACUGGAACGUCUCUCUGAACCGAGAACCGGAAGACAGAUACUGCGGGACCUUGGCUUCGAGGCGAGGGAAGGCAAGCAGCAGAACAACGCACCUAUACCGGAUAGCAUCAAUAGAAAGCUCAGGGUCUGCCCGAUCACGAAGAACGUGAACCCCGAGCACAACAAGGAGCGGAGGUUGGCGAGGGUCAGGGCUCUCGUGGACCUCCACGCCAGAGAAGAAGGCGCCGUCUACGUGGACGCGGCGGAGUAUCGAGGAAGCAACGACGCAUACGCGGCGGUGGUCGUCGGAGCAUCGACGGGUGCAACGAAGACCGCAGCGAGCGUCCGGACUCGAGAAGCGCACCAAGCGGAGGAGGUGGCUAUCGCCUUGGCCGUCUCCGACCCCGGAUGCACUACAGUGCUGUGUGACUCUAGAACGGCAGUGAAGAACAAUGCCAAGGGUAUGGUAUGUAGUGAGGCUGCGCGCAUACUGCGCAAGUUCGAAGACAUCUGGCGCGAAAGUGCUGCUGUGAUCAAGGGGUUUCCGGCCCACAUGGGCAGUGACGUGUCGGAACGCGGGAACGCGAACCACAACAAGACGGCCAACGCAGCCGCGCGAGGACAAACCAACCGCGCGGCUGCAAACACGGCCGACUCGGAGUGUUGGUCGCGGUACAGUGCCAAUCACAAGAUGACCACCUUCAACGAAAUAGUGAAAUGGUACAGACUGAACAGACAGACUAUGCCACCACCUCACCCGGGGCUUACCCGGAAGGAGGCAGUGUUAUACAGACAAUUACAGAGGGGGUCCCUGCUCACCCCGGUGCUAGCUAAGCACGUGUGUCCGAGUGUGUACACGAGUGACGUGUGUAGACUGUGUGCGAAGGAGAGAGCUACCGCGGCUCACAUCCUUUGGGACAGUGGCGUAAAUCCGAGAGAAGCCAGUGAGAAGACGACGAUCCCGCCGCAGCUAGAGGCUACAACGAGGAUCUACGAUCAAGAGACACAACUCAAGGCCAUCCAGCAGGUCUCGGCAGCUCUAGAAAGGCAGCGACCGAGCGAAACCGAGGAAAAGGGGGGUGGCACCCCCAGGAAGGGGGCGGUGGCCCUCUCGGACCCGCGGAAGUAGCGAGGGAGCAAGACCUCGAGGAGCAUAACGCACGAGACUGACGUAGUGGCCGCGUCGCGAUGAAAGCUCGUCCUCCCUGCGUGGAGGGAGCCGAAUCGACUCUG